GUCCGGUCCCUAACCUUGCCCCCCUUGCAGGAACAGGAGUAGCAUGUUAGCAUUCUACGGUGAAUUGCAAGAAUUUCUGAGUGCUAGGGAGGGAGGGCCUCACUUGUGCUCGGCCUUUCGCUCUUUAAGCGCGAUCAAUUUACGUUUCGAGCUUCGACCGUAUAUACCCAAUAAUCCUCUUGCCUUGCACACACUCAUUCUUCGUGGAUGAUCAGCUCACGGUAGUGGCCAUGCUCCGAACCUUCUUGCUUCUGGGCCUGACGGGGCUCGUAGAAGAAGCAUUCGGCAAGAACGUGUACCUCGACUGGAAUAUCACAUGGGUCAAUGCAGCACCGAAUGGCGUUGAACGACCGAUUAUUGGAAUCAAUGGCAAAUGGCCAUGUCCACAGAUCGAUGUUCAUAUCGGCGACAAUCUGGUGGUGGAUGUCUACAACGCACUGGGCAAUCAGUCCACCGGAAUUCACUGGCAUGGACUUCAUCAGAACUAUAACACCUUCAUGGAUGGUGUACCAGACAUCACCCAAUGCCCGAUCAAGCCCGAGCAGCGUAUGCGAUAUGUUAUUCCGGUAAAUCAAACCGGAACGUACUGGUAUCAUUCCCACCAAGAAGGCCAAUAUCCCGAUGGGAUCCGGGGUCCAAUUGUUGUCCAUGACACAAAACCAGCCGACUUCCAUUACGACGAGGAAAUCACUGUCACCCUUUCGGACUGGUACAAUAGACAGAUGCCGGAGCUCACCGAAGAAUACAUAUAUCCAUCAGACGGGCCGGCGGGCUUUGAGCCGUUGCCAGAUGCGGUUUUAUUCAACGAUGCAGUCAAUACCAAGAUUCCAGUCAAACCGAACAAAACCUACCUCAUUCAUGUGGUUUGUAUGGGUAAUUGGGCAGGACAUGCAUUCAUUGUCGAGGACCACGAUUUGAUCGUCGUCCGCGCCGAUGGAGUUCCCGUGGAACCGAAACUUGCGACGCCUCAGUAUCUUCGAAUGACCGUUGGUCAGCGCCUCGAUCUACUCUUGAAGACGAAGAAUGAUACAAGCAGGAACUACGCCAUCUGGGAUGGACUCGAUAUCGACGAGAUGUUUAUCCGAGAGAACCGACAGCCGCCACCAGGAUAUAACGCUAAUGGCACCGCCUGGUUGAUGUACAACGAAGACGCCCCCUUCCUACCAUCGCCAGAUAUUCAGAUCCAUAAUGCCAGUCUUGAGUUCCUAGAUGAUGUAACCCUCACACCCAAAGAUGGACUUCCGCUGCUCGAACCGGUUGAUCGACAAAUUGUCUUGGACUUCAAUUACGCUCAAGUCGACGGCGUUCCUACCUACUCCAUCAAUGGCAACACGUACGUGACGCCGAAAGAGCCUACAUUGUACACGGCCCUAGGCGCUAGCCCCGAGGAGUCUCUGGACCCCUCGAUCUAUGGCUCCAUCAAUCAGUUCGUGGUCGAGUACGGCGAGAUUGUCGAGAUUGUGAUCAACAACAAUCAUAACAAUCUGCACCCUUGGCACUUACACGGACAUGAUUUCCAGAUUCUGCAACGCACAUACCCCAGCGGCGGGGCUUUCAAUGGCUAUGGUAAUAUCUCGGCAGUACCAUCCCGGCGAGACACCCUUAUGGUAGAACCAAAGGGGCAUGCUGUCCUGCGUUUCAGAGCGAUGAACCCAGGUGUCUGGAUGUUCCAUUGUCAUAUCGAAUUCCACGUGGAAACACGCCUGAUGGCAGUGAUCAUUGAAGCACCGGACCAUUUACAGAACUUAUCCAUGCCGGCUGAUCAUAGAGACAUCUGUAGUGGCAAGCCUAGUCUUUUUGCACCUCUGCCACCUCUUCCAGGCCAUUGAAAAGUUGAUGGUUGUUGACCCGUGAAGGCUUUAGCUGCCGCAAGCUUCUUCAGUCACGGUACUGGGCAUAUUUCUUCAUUGGAAUCAAGUUGCGGUCCAGUUCUCGCAGAGGAGGGCGUUUCUGGUAGAGGAUCUUCUCGUUUUGCGAAACUGUUCUUCGGACCUACUUGUUCAUACAAAACAGUCGGAUGGAGAAAGGAGUUCUAAUCAUAAUG